AUGUUUGAUCAAGUAAGAGCUAUUUACAUUAAUAACUUUAAAGCUCCAAAUUAUUUAAGAUUUGAUAGAGAAGAAGGAUCAAAAAUAAAUCAAAGAUUACAUGUAUCAAAAGAAAAUGAAGAAGAUAUAUUACAAGGAUAUUUAUAUAACAUAGAUCCCAUAUCUUUUACUACAAUUUUAAUGCAGAUUGAAAAUGAUGAGAAUGAUAAAAAUAAUAAAGAUGAUAAUAUUAUUAUUCAAGAAAAUACAAAUUUUAAAGUUUUGCAAAGAAUUCCUGUGACGCAAAAUGACGAAGAUUCAAUUAUUCAUAUAAUGGAUUGUUUACAUAUUUCACCUCCUUAUGUGAAUACUACAAUUGAAUGUGAUAAUGAAAUAGUUACAAAGAGAGUAAAAGAUAUGCUUGCUCAAUUACCUGAAUUUGAUUAA